AUGUGGAGACUCAGUCUUAGGCUUUGGUUCUGCCCCUCUGGGUGGAUCACAGAGUCAAUCUCAGUUCCUUUUUCCUCAGGUGAAAAUGAUGACAUUUUCUACCAGAUGAGCUGUAGGUACCUUCUAGCUCAAAGCACCGUUGACUGUCCCAGUGUCCUCUCCUCAACUAGUUCCUGCAGUGAGGCGUCACAGUCACUCUUUUCCUUAACACUAACCAUUCCUCAAAGUUGUAGCAGUACAGCCUCCAGGACUGCUCCAGAAAAAAUAAACCACCUUCACUGGAUGAUUUUAAUACUAUAUAGUAAUACAUUUUCUCACAAUAGGACACAACACUUAAUCUCAAAAUGA